AUGGUAGACAACCUUGGUGAAGCACCAGAUUGUGACACUAGAACCGAGGACACGAAGUUCCUUCAUACUGAAGACAUUUCUAAGGGCUUAGAAUCAAAAACAGAAGUAGCAGAAAACCCUGUCCGUGAUGCUUCCCAGGUACCUGAGCUUAGAGAACUCUGUGAUGCCGUCCUGGAAGGAGAUUGGAGCAUCCCUGAAGGUGAGAGACAGGAGGGGAACUUGACACCUGUGGCAGUGAUCCUUAAGAAGACGCUGUCAGAAGAGGAAGAUCUGGACUGUAAUGAUUUGGGGAGGCACUUGAGUCUGAGCCCAGACCUGAUAGGAUGUCAGGGAAUUCCUGCAGAAGACAGGCCAUGUUCAUAUGGCUCAUGUGACCAGACCUUCCGCCGUAACAUGGACCUUACUGAUUGUCAGGAGGGUCACACAGCCAACAGCCCACUUAUAUGUAGUGAGUGUGGGAAAACCUUCCAAGGGAGUCCUGGUCUUAUCCAACAUCCGGUAAUCCACGAUGGAGAGAAGUCCUUGGUUUGCAGUGCAUGUGCAGAAGCCUUCCGCCAGAACACAGUUCUUAAAAACCACCAGAGAGCUCAGAUGAGUGAGAAACCUUACCAGUGCAGUGAGUGUGGGAAAACCUUCAGUGUACACUCCAAUCUGAUCAGACAUCAGGUCAACCACAGUAGAGAGAAGUCUUAUGUAUGUCAUGAAUGUGGGAAAGCCUUUAGCCAGAACUCAAGCCUCAAAAAACAUCAAAAGUCUCACCUGAGUGAGAAAGCUUAUGCAUGCAGCGAAUGUGGUAAGGCUUUCAGGCGGAGCUCAAACCUCAUCCAACAUCAAAGAAUUCAUUCUGGAGAGAAACCUUACGUGUGCAGUGAAUGCGGGAAGGCCUUCAGACGGAGCUCAAACCUCAUGAAACACCACAGGAUUCACACAGGUGAGAAGCCCUUUGAGUGUAAUGAGUGUGGGAAAGCAUUUAGCCAGAGCGCCCAUCUGAGGAAACAUCAAAGAGUUCACACUGGAGAGAAACCCUAUGAGUGUAAUGAGUGUGGGAAACCGUUCAGUCGGGUGUCAAACCUCAUCAAGCAUCACAGGGUUCACACUGGAGAGAAACCUUAUAAGUGCAGUGACUGUGGGAAAGCAUUUAGUCAGAGUUCAAGCCUCAUUCAGCAUCGGAGAAUUCACACUGGCGAAAAGCCUCAUGUGUGUACGGUGUGUGGAAAAGCCUUUAGUUACAGCUCAGUCCUCAGAAAGCACCAGAUCAUCCACACGGGAGAGAAGCCAUAUGAAUGUGGUGUCUGUGGAAAAGCCUUUAGUUACAGCUCAGCCCUCAUUCAGCAUCAGGGUGUGCACACAGGUGACAAACCCUAUGAGUGCCACGAGUGUGGGAAGACCUUCGGCCGCAGCUCAAACCUUAUUCUUCACCAACGAGUUCACACUGGAGAGAAACCCUACGAAUGUACUCAGUGUGGAAAAACCUUCAGCCAGAGCUCAACCCUUAUUCAGCAUCAGAGAAUUCAUAAUGGAUUAAAGCCCCAUGAAUGUAAUCAGUGUGGUAAAGCCUUCAACCGAAGCUCAAACCUCAUUCACCACCAAAAAGUUCACACUGGAGAGAAACCCUACACGUGUGUGGAAUGUGGUAAGGGCUUCAGCCAGAGCUCUCACCUUAUCCAGCAUCAGAUUAUCCACACUGGUGAGAGACCCUAUAAAUGCAGCGAGUGUGGGAAAUCCUUCAGUCAGCGCUCGGUCCUCAUCCAGCACCUGCGAAUUCACACUGGCGUGAAGCCCUACAGCUGCACCACCUGUGGGAAAGCCUUCAACCAGCGGUCAAAACUGAUCAAGCACCAGCUGAUUCACACAAGGGAAUGA